CUAUCUUCAAAAUUAGAGAGACAGAUAAAUAAAAAUGGCUACAGAAAACAGAUAUCGAGAGACGGCAGAGAAUCAAGAAAAUGGAGAAGAAACUCCAUUUCAUGGAGAUCUUUUAGAUAAAAUAAUUUCCCUCAUACCAACAAUCCAUCUCGUUCCAUCAUUCUACGUUUCGAAAUCCUGGCAGCGUGCGGUCUUUUCUUGUCUAGCCAACUCUUCACGUGCUAAACCAUGGCUUAUAAUCAAUGUCCAGAGCCGAAGAAGUCUUUCAUCAACCACCACUCACGCGUACGAUCCCAGCUCAAAUGUUUGGAUAGAAAUUACAGGACCGUCAACUGUGGCCUAUACGUCACCACUCCGUGCCUCUCAUUCUGAUACUCUUUACAUGUUAAGUCCUUCGAAAUUCAGUUUUUCAUCUGAUCUGCUUCAUGAAUUGUGGCUUGACGUUGUCGGACCACGAGUUUGGAGGACUGAUCCAGUAGUUGCAAUUGUUGGGUCGUGUAUUGUGGUUGCUGGUGGUACUUGUGAUUUUGAGGAUGAUCCACUCACUGUUGAGAUAUACGACACCGCUUCCCCUGGUUGGUUCACUUGUCAACCCAUCCCUAAUAUACCGAAGGACUCUGCUGCUUCCACAUGGUUAUCUGUCGCGGUUUCAGACCACAAAAUGUAUUUGCUUGAGAAACAUUCCGGUACAUUUUGUUCCUUCGACACAAAUACAAAGACAUGGAGCGGAGCCAGUGGUUCAUUUGAUCUGCGCCCGGACCCAGCUAUCUAUUUCUCCGUUAUUGGUUUUGCAGGUGGUCGUUUGAUACUAGUUGGGCUCAUGGGCGAUCCCGAGAAUGUUGAAAGUUUAAGAAUUUGGGAGGUGAAUUGCGAUAGUUUUUACUGUGAGGAGAUAGGAAAGAUGCCGUGGGAGAUGUUGGAUACGCUUAAGAAUGAGAAUUCGACGCUAUUGCCGAUCGAUAUUUCUGCGGCAGAGAAUUUCAUUUACGUAUACAGUUCGUCGGAACCGAGAAAUAUAUUCUUUUGUGAUUUGAGUGUAAGGGUAUGUCAAUGCCAAUGGGGUAGUGUCCGAUGUACGUUCUUGAAUGAUCGAGUUCUCAUGGAUAGGUUUGUUUUUACGUGCUCAAGAGUAAGUCUUGAUAAUCUUCGGAAGGCUUUCUGGGUAGGAAGUAAGAAAUUCAAUGUAGAGGUGGCUGAGACGGUGCUUAUUCAGUAGCUGUUAUUUUUUAAUUGUAUCAAGAUCCUGUUGAUGAAAUUCACCGACAAUCCAUAAAAUCCGAAUGUAACUCAAUAAACAUGAGAUUGUUGUGUCCUACCACGAUAAUUUCCGCAUUGAAUGAUUUUCAGUUCAUUGAAGCAUUCAACUGCCACCAGGGAACUGAAUCGCUGUUCACCUGUCCCACAGAUUUUAGCAUUAUUGAUCUGCAUAUCAAUGAUAUUGGUGCUAGUGGAAGAUUACAUGUACUCGUUCCAAAUUUGUGUGUGAUUCUUGACUUAA